AUGAACGGAGAUAUUCCAAUAUAUCAACCACCACAACCAACUAAUGAGGUUCAACCACUUUUAAAUGACUCAACACCCCAACAACCCCAAGUACCAAUAUACCAACCAUCUGCACAACCAAAUGGAUUAGAGUAUCAACCAAACUUAGUCAACCAACCAUCUGCACCAGUUAUUCCUGAUCCUCAUAUCCAACAACCAAGUUACCUUGGUCCACAACAAGUUCCUGUAGUCCAGUAUAAUCAACCACCACCUGGAAUGACUGAGUCAUACCAACAACCAUUAUCAUAUCAAGUACCACCAAAUCAAGGUGGGGUUGUUGUACAACAACCAGUUACUACAAUCCAACCUCAACAACCACCACAAAUUACAUUCUAUCCUUCUCAAAUGUUUUGUCCACAUUGUAAUAAAUUAAUCACAACUGAAGUUACUUAUGAGUCAGGUUCUUUAGUUUUUAUAUUAUGUUGUGUUUUAUGCUGUUUUGGAUUAUUAUGUUUUUCUUGCAUUCCUUGUUGUCUUGAUGGUUUGAAAGAUGCUCAUCAUAAAUGGUUUGUUUAUUGUUUUCUUGAUAUUCUUAUUGAAAUAAAUAAAUGA